AUGGAGAAGCUCGCCGGCCUCCUCCUCCAAGCGACCCUCACCACACAACCCAAAGCCACCCUCACCACCACCACUCCAAACCCGCUGGAAAAUCACCCACCUCCCCCACAACCCACUGCACUGCACCCACCUUCAACCCCACAGAGCAUCGAGCACAAACUUGGUUGUCCACUAUGA